AGGGUGGUGAGAAGUUAAAAGGCGUUCAGAACAGGGAGGGAGGAGGAGGAGGAGUACUGGCUGGACGCCUUGGAGCAGACACCGGUGGGACAGACGGAGACAGAGCUGCCGGGAGGAACAACCUCCAGCCUCUUGGCCGGACUCAAGCGUCGGGGGAAACCUGGGGCAGCUCCAGCGGCAGAGACCCUGAAGGCACCAUGGCCGUGUCGCUGCGGAGCUGGGUCGCCAACGAGGGAGGGAAGCACUUGGUCCUGAUGCUGUGGCUGGGAGCCAACACCUGGAUGUUCCUGAACACCUUCCUGCUGUACUCCACAGGACAGCAGUACCACUACCUCUACAAGAUGCUGGGGGUCGGACUGUGCAUCAGCCGAGCGUCUGCCUCUGUGCUCAACCUGAACUGCAGUUUGGUGCUGCUGCCCAUGUGCCGCUCUCUGCUCACCUUCAUACGAGGAACACGCGCGGUAUCGAGCAGGAAGACGCGCAGGCUGCUGGACAAGUACAAGACCUUUCACGUUGCGUGCGGCGUCGCUGUCUGCCUCUUCUCAGUUGUGCACGUUUCAGCCCACAUGGUGAAUUUGGUCAACUUCAGCGUCAGCUACUCGGAUGACUUUCCUGCUCUCAACUUGGCUCGCUACCGAGGAGAGGACCCCAAGCGGAUCAUUUUAACAACAAUCCCAGGAGUCACUGGUGUCCUGCUGGUCCUUAUCCUCCUCCUGAUGUUCAUAUCCUCAUCCCACUGUGUUCGGGUGUCUAACUAUGAGAUCUUCUGGUACACACACAACCUCUUCAUUGUCUUCUACAUCAUCCUGAUGGUGCACAUGGUCGGUGGAGCACUGAAGUACCAGACCAACGUCGAGGCCCACCCACCUGGCUGCCUCAAGCCCAAUCAGAGCAGCACAGAGCAGCGUGUUGAGGAUCUGGACCGACUAGAAGAUGAGGAUGUUGGCAGAUGUCGAGAGGAUGCUCGCUUUGAACCACAUUGGCCCCAGACUUGGCUCUGGGUGUCCGGUCCCCUCUGCCUCUACUGUGUGGAGCGUUUGUACCGCUACAUCCGAAGUAGUGCCCCUGUUACUAUAGUGACCGUCGUCAAGCACCCUUGUAAUGUCAUCGAGCUGCGCAUGCUGAAGAAGAACUUCAAAGCUCGGCCUGGACAGUAUAUUGUUCUUAAUUGCCCAAGUGUGUCUUCGUUUGAGAACCACCCCUUCACGCUGACGAAGUGCCCGACUGUCAACAGGGAGACUUUCGGCAUCCAUCUGCGAGUCGUGGGAGACUGGACGGAGCGUUUCACACAGCUGCUACUUCCUCAGCCAAGGAUGGACGUGGAGAUUCUUCCCAUGGUGCAACAGAGGACAUACCCCAAGCUUUACAUCGAUGGUCCAUUUGGAGGUCCGUCUGAGGAAGUGUUCAACUACGAUGUCAGCCUCUGUGUUGCCGGAGGAAUUGGUGUCACGCCGUUUGCCUGUGUACUGCAAGCUCUCCUGGAUGGCUGGAGGGGCUUCAGGUUACAGAGGCUGUACUUUGUGUGGGUCUGCAGGGAGCUUCAGUCAUUCUACUGGUUUGCCGAGCUGCUAUGCGCCCUUCAUCAAAAGCUUUGGCAGGAGAACAGACCGGACUACUUUAAUCUGAAACUCUAUGUUAGUCAGGCAGGCGACCUGCAGAGCAUGUCCGAAGAGCGGUUCCGCCCGCUUGCGUCGAGGUUGCUGGUAGGUCGGCCCAGGUGGAAGCUGCUCCUGGAUGAGAUCGGAAGAAGCAACAAACAAAAGCGAGUGGGAGUGUUCUGUUGCGGACCAAAAGGCAUCUCCAGGACUCUCCACAAGCUGUGCAACUCAGCCCGAUCAUGUGGGACAACCUUUGAAUUCAACAAGGAGUCGUUCAGCUGAUUGAACGUCUCGGCUGGCUGGACUGAAUGGAGGGAUUUUUUCAUUCAUCUUAGGGCAGGAAGCUCUUUAUCUGAAGUUCACUCCUCAAUACCUUAGGAAUCUCUCCCUGUCAGGAGUCAUUUGGCAUUAAAGAGACGAUCCAAAAACUCCCAGACAAAGAUCAGCCCGACGUCCAGCAUGUGAUUGUGUCAACAUGAAGCAGAAGCCUCAUGCUCAGAGUGCGCGCUCCGAGCGAUCUCGUGUUCUUCUCGAGGUUUGACGCAACCCCUCUGUGGAGAUCUUUAUUUUCCUCACGUUGGAUUCUGGUGUGAGAACGACCUCGCACUAAACCUGCCAGAAGAUCUCUAAAACCAGAGGGAGUCCAUUCUUCCAAGUGCAAUCACUCAGGGAGGACACAGGUUGCUCUCAUGCAAACAGUGCGGUGAAAAUGCUGCAAGAUACUUAGCAAUUUCUGACCCAGAGCCGAGGUUUAGCGGCCAGUGUCGUCUGUGUAAAUACUUCAAAUAUGCGAUAGGCGAGGCUCCCAGUCUCUCACCAAAUACACUGAUAGAUGUUCAGAGAGAUGUGAGGAAGUAGCUUCAGCCAAAACCAAAAGGCACGGCGAGCCAUCAGAGAGGAUCAAACUCAGGGUAGAUGGAGAUGGGAUAACCAGAGGAGCUGAGUCCCAGGUCAGUGUUGGUCAGACUUCGCUGAGUGAUUACUUCACUCCAGGCUGGUAUCCAAAAAGGUCUGUUUCAACAUGUUGCUGUAGUGCUGUCUGCUUCCAGUCUUUGUUCACCUCAGGAUUUAUGUUUCUGUUAUUAUUAAUUUAGCAUACUUAAUGGAUAUCUUAUGCCACAAGAAGCCUUGAUAAUCUUGUUUUGUUUGUGUCUAGUUCCCGUGCGGAGGUUCAGAGAAACUCGGUUCUUACAGCAAAUCGAUAUUUGCCCCCUCACAGAAUUCUUCUGUUUUUGGUCAAGCUUAAGAGUAAGUACAGAAAACGACAACCUGAGUACACAAAAGGUGCUGUUUUCAAAUGCCGAUUUCAUUCAUUAAAGAAAGAAAGCUGUCCAAAACUUAAACGGGCUGUUCAUGCUCAAAAACAGAGAUUCAUAAUACCUGACAGCAUUUAUUUUUCACAUAGGUUGGAUUGGAUGGCAUCUUCCCUAAUAAGGAAAUUUAUAAUUUGAAAAUUGUUAAUUUUUAGUUAAUGUAUUUUUUAUUCUAAAGAUGUAUGCAGUUAAGUGUGACACAAAAAAACGAAGAAAUCGAUAAAGUCAUUUGCACUUCCACAGCAGUCAGUCUUAGGGUGACUGCUAAUGAUUUAUCACUUGUAAGCAUCGUGGAGAAAUAACAUUCUUCUGCAUAAUGUCCCACAAAUCACCAUUUUUAGACACAAUACGGAUGUGGGAGAUUCAUUCUCAGUCUCAUACAGGCAUUUUCUUAAAGCAGAGCUAUUCUCUCCAUCAGUGAAAUCAAAUUAUUCAAAUCAGUCCAAUUUAUUUAGUUGACAUCUCAGCAAAACCCUGUUUAUGUUCCUUGUUUUGUUAGUAUUCCCUUCGCUGAACACGAGUUUUAUUUUUUUUAUUUUUAUUUUUUUGCCAUUAUAUUGGUGCUGUUGUUUGCCUUAAAACGCAGCAGAAUUGCCAAAAUUUCAGGGGGCUUCAGAACUGCUCAGAUUUAAAAAGAAAUAGUUCAACACUACAGAUAUGCUGUGUAGUUCUGCGCAGUAGUUGCAUAUAAUGCCAUUCAUUCAAAAAUGCUUAAACUGGGAUUUGAUCCAGCGAUUGAAGUUGCAUCAGGACACCCUUAGUUUAAAAUAAAUGUUGAAGCUAAUAAGAACAAGGGUGCAUGAGGUCGGCUCUGCGUAGACUGCUUGGUAUAAACCCUAGGAAGAUGUCACGUUAAAAUCUGAAGGAUUUCCAUGAGAAGCAGCUAAAAAGCAGUUGUCACAUUAUCCGGUCUUAUCUCUUCACUUUGUCACUCCUCUGUUAUUCUGGGCUCAUUGUGCACCAAAGAGAUACCAUCACAAAUGGCCUAGAGGGGCCUUCACUACAAAUCCAAUCAGUCUGUUUUUUUAAAAAAAAUUUUUUUCUUGUCAAUGAAAUGUUUAGAGCAAUUAGGAGGAUUUUUUUUAUUAAGUUAUACUUAUGAGUGCUUGCGGUGUGUUUUUAAGAUUUAGGUCAGUAUUUCUUUUCCGGUAUACAAGGAGUACAUGUAUUUAAAUGUUGCCUAUAUAGCAAAAUAAAGAUGUUUCCAGGUGAAGCCACAAGUCGACAUACACUGUAUAAGAAGUCAAAUAUUUACUCGUCAUUCAAUCAAAAUAAACUUUGCCUGUUUUGAAGUCACUUUGCAUAACCAAAGGUAUUUUAAUUUAUUUUAUUUAGAAGGCUACAUAUAUAGCUUUAGUAUUUACGAGAGUUGCCUAUUAAAUGGUGUAAAGUUUGGGUAUCCAUCCAGUACAUUCAGUACAUUGAGAUCAGUGUUAUGUGUCCAACCACCCCAAAUGAUCAACUUUGUUGUCUUUAGACCACUUUGUAUAUAAUUUGGAGGUAUGAUCAGGAUCAUGGUUCGGUUGGAAGGCUCCCUUCUUCUUCCCUGAGUGGCGUUUCAGCCCAUGUCAGUACAGGACUUGGAGUAUAUCCCUGAAAAUAAUAACUUGAUUCCAGCUUCGGUCACAUCUUCACAAGGUAUUUUGCUUUUAUUCUGGGGUUGAGGCGCACGCUUCACACAAAAACUCGUUAAUGUCUGGGACGCAGAACUUCAAGAAUACCUUGUCUGGACAUCCCCGUGUUGUUUUAUACUUGUAUGUUAUUAUUUGAGCAGAUGAACUUUGAAUAUGAGGCAUCUGGAAAUUGUCAAAUUUCAAGUAAUCUAAGUUAAAUUGUUUAAUUUUCCUUUGGGAUUAAUAAAGUAUACUUGAAUUGAAUUAAUGUCUGACAAUGAGAAAAAUUUUGCCUUUCUACACUGUGUAUGUAAACUUCUGGUCUCAAGUUCGUUUAAAAAGUACUUUUGUUUUUGUUAGGAGAAUUUUAGCUUCUAAAGUUUUUUUAGUCUCACAAUGUAGUUAAAAGUUCCUGAAAAACAUGUAAAAAUAUUAAAUUAUCCAUUUCUGUGCUGAGGCAACUUCUAUUUUCAAGAAUAAUGGAAAGUAAAAACUCAAAGGUUAUUUUAAUUUUUUGUAGUCUAAUUCAGUUUGUGUGUAUUGUUAUGUAACCUGAGAUCAGUUUGUGACAGUUUCUCUGCCAACAGCACACACUUUGAUUGCUACAAAUCUGUAAUCUGACACUUGAAACCAAAUGAAAGUGAACUGAUAAUGAAAAACAAGUCUGUGACACAAGCUGUAAGAUGAGGUUUAAAAAACUCUUUAAAGCACUCUGCAGCAACUAAAUGAUAAAAUACUACUUAUCGGCAUUACAGUCUUACCAUUUCAAAUGAGCAAUCAUCUCUGGGAGAAAAAUUGUUGCGUAUUUUCAAUGCAUUAAAUCACGGAAAGAACAAGUUUAACAUUAAUACGACUCGUGAUUCAUUUGGGUCUUAAUCCAACACUUUAUUUGCUUUUGUAAGAUAAAACAUUUUAUUGCACCAUACUUUAGCACCAUUGUGAACUCGCAAAACCUGGGUUGGGAUUUAUUUCUCACCACUAUAGAAGAGUGCAGAGGUGCAUCAUGAUCACAAGACAGACUUGGCACAUUUUUGGCCAGGCGUAGUUUGGAGUUUC